AUGACUGUGAAAGUAAAAUCUGCGGUUUAUUCAUCUGAGAUUGGCAUUCCCGUUCCUAUCAUUUGUAGAUAUGCUGUUGGAAGUAUCUUAAUGGCCCUAAAUAGGGAGCAUAUUGAUACUCUCUUCCAUGGGGAUGCCUAUAAAUGGGUGCAAGUUAACGAAGUUGAUGCUGAUCAAGAUGGCAUCAUUGAUUUCCCUGAGCUUUUGAAUCUAAUAUUGAAGAGGGACCAGAACAAGUUGGGCGGCACGGCAGGUGGCGCCAUCACUUCGGCGGCAAAGAGAGGCUGUCCUUUCGGCAGUGGAGGCAGCAACUCCGCCGCCGCCGCCAUUGCUGACGCGGCUACUCCAUCCACUCUUCUUGGUCCAUCUCUCCACGUUCACGGUUCCUUCGCUGAUCAAAACAACAAAAGAAUAGUUAUGGCUCUUCAGAGUGGAUUAAAGAGUGAGCUAAGAUGGGCAAUUAAUGCCCUGACAUUACUCUAUUUCAAAAAAAAGGACGAUGUGUGCACAGAUGCUACUCCUCUUGCUAAUAUACCUGGGUUACUGGAUGCUCUUUUCCAAGUUAUAGAUGGCUGGCGUGAUAUAGCCCUUCCAAAGGAACUUGCAAAAGCGCCAAGAGCCAGGUUGUUAGGUGCUAACUCUAUUGUAACAGGAUUUGGGAAUGAGUGCGAGGCAUUGGGUUCAAAUGAUGUUCUUUCCCAUCCUGGAUUUGGUUCUUUCAUCUCUGAGGCCUCUGUGCAGAAGAAUACAACCAAGCUUCGUCCUUUAGAGUGGUGGUUGGAUGAAGAUGGUCUGUUCCAUCUGGAUGAAAAAGGAUGGGCAGAAAAACAGCAAUGUGCUGUUGCAGCUUUAAAUAUCAUUCGCAACUUCUCUUUCAUGCCAGAAAAUGAAGCUAACAGUGGGAUUGGUAUGAGACUGGAGGAUUUCUGA